AUGGACAAUGUAAGAAGUGUAAAAGAUGGUGUAUCGCAUAGGAAGAGUGGUCGAAGUCUAACUAAAAGAUUUGAUUUUCCUCUUCUAGCAAGAUCAAGUGCAGAAUUGAAAAAGAAAGUACUAAAGCAAGUUAAGAAGAAAAAAAUUGACAAGUUGCAUGAGAUGCUGCAGGGAAACAAUAGUGAAAGGGUCCAGGAAGUUGUAGAAGUUAUGGAUGAAACGCCAAAAAAAGGAACUCAACAAGAAAGAGAUCAAAAGAUUGAUCGCAAUUUUGACAAAGAGACUGUUAUAAAGAAAAUGGAGAGAGACAAACUAUCGCAACCAAAAGUAAUGAAAGAUCAUGCACAUGGUGACAAAGAAGUUGUACAAGAAACACCAAAGAAAAGAACUCAUGAAAAAGAUACAAUAAAUAGAGAAAAAGUUCAAAAGGUUGAUGGCAAAUUGGACAACCACAUUGUUAUAAAGAAAACAGAGAGACCUAAGCUUUUGCAACCACAAGCUAAGGAAGUUUUUACACAUGGAAACAAAGAAGUUUCACAAGGUAAUUAA